AGAUGUUGAAGUCGUUGAGGAGAUCUUAUUUCUCUCUUAUCCAAGUCAUAACUUAAAUCUAGUGGAUGUGUGUUUCUGUGCAAAAGUUUUAUGUUUUUGCUAAUUCACAAACGACAGUAAAAUGUCUUGGCAUAUAAUGAAGCUUUUUUUAAAAGUUUCUAUCUUCUGGAUUUUGAGCAGUGGUGCAGAUGCUGACAUCAGGAGGUUCCGAAGAAGUAUAGAUUUACCAGCAGCCCAUGCCUUAAUAUCAGACGCCAAGUUACCACGAGAAGUUUCACCAGAUUCUUACCAUUUAGCCUUAAUUCCUGAUAUUGUACGUGGUACUUUUUCUGGUACCGUUAAAGUAAAUGUCACAUGGCAAAGUGAAGCAAAUAAAGUUGUUCUCCAUGCUCAUCCUGAUCUGCAAAUCGUACAUGAUUCUGUGAAAAUCAGGAGCAUAAAUGCGUCCAGGCCUUCGCCAACAAAGUCGCCUUCAAGUACGUUAACAGUAUUGAGCACAGAACGACAUCCAAAACGACCAGUUUACAUCAUAAACCUCAGUGAAAAAUUGCAACGUGGAGCUCAUUGUGAAUUGUACUUGGAAUUUUCAGGAAAUAUUACAGAAAAUGGUGAUGGACUAUUUAGGACAAGUUAUGAAGACCCUCAAACUGGAGAAAAAAGGUGGCUGGUGGCAACACAGUUUCGUCCUAAUCUUGCCCGUCAAGUUUUUCCAUUCCGAAGAAGUAUAGAUUUACCAGCAGCCCAUGCCUUAAUAUCAGACGCCAAGUUACCACGAGAAGUUUCACCAGAUUCUUACCAUUUAGCCUUAAUUCCUGAUAUUGUACGUGGUACUUUUUCUGGUACCGUUAAAGUAAAUGUCACAUGGCAAAGUGAAGCAAAUAAAGUUGUUCUCCAUGCUCAUCCUGAUCUGCAAAUCGUACAUGAUUCUGUGAAAAUCAGGAGCAUAAAUGCGUCCAGGCCUUCGCCAACAAAGUCGCCUUCAAGUACAUUAACAGUAUUGAGCACAGAACGACAUCCAAAACGACCAGUUUACAUCAUAAACCUCAGUGAAAAAUUGCAACGUGGAGCUCAUUGUGAAUUGUACUUGGAAUUUUCAGGAAAUAUUACAGAAAAUGGUGAUGGACUAUUUAGGACAAGUUAUGAAGACCCUCAAACUGGAGAAAAAAGGUGGCUGGUGGCAACACAGUUUCGUCCUAAUCUUGCCCGUCAAGUUUUUCCAUGUUUUGAUGAACCAGGAUAUAAAGUACCUUUUGAAAUCAGUAUAGCUCGUGCCAGGAAUAUGACAGCUUUAUCCAACAUGCCUGUUAAAGAAACAACAGACAAGCCUGAUGAUCCUGAUAUGGUUUGGGAUCACUUCUUAAAAAGUCCGCCAAUUUCUACGUUCAGUAUUGGUUUUGCUGUUUCAGACUUAUCCUACAUCACAGCAAAUAUAUCCGAAACAGAAACUGAAGAUUCUGCAACAGAAAUUCGAGUGUGGGGUCGAAGUGACUUUUUGGAACAUGCUCAAGAAGCCGCAGAAAAAAUAAGAACUGCCUUGAAUGUAUUGCAAGACUAUUGGCAGGUUGCUUAUCCAUUGCCUAAAUUAGAUUGUAUAGCUGUUCCUGGUUUGCAAAGUGUUAGACCGGCGGAUAACUGGGGGCUUAUUUUAUUCAAAGAAAGUACUUUGCUAGGUAGAGGAUAUUAUCAAAUAUCACAAGAAUUGGUUUACCAAUGGUUAGGUGCUUUGGCUACGCCAUACUGGUGGAGUGAUGCUCACGUGAAUAAAGCUUUGGCAGGAUUUUUAUCUGCAUACACAGCCUUAAAGAUUGAUAAUGGUUCCGAGCUGGAAGGCAAAUGGCCAAUGACCAUAUUAUAUUCAAUAUAUUACGAAUUCAGCAAAAGAUAUCCUCAUUCGAGAAUAACAGGAAUGAAACAAGAAACGACAUGCAGUAAAACCGAAUUAGUUUUCAGAAUGUUGAACUACACUUUGGGUGAACAAACUUUCAAAGCUGGAAUGCAAAGAUUUAUGCUAGACAGGCAGUAUACUACGUUUUUUGGAGAUGACGUCUGGAAAUCUCUUACCGAUCAAGCUAGACAUGACGAUGUUCUUUGUGAUAAAGUUUCAGUAAAUGAAAUAGCUGCUUCCUGGAUUACCAAAGACAGAAUUCCAGUAGUGACAGUUACUAGAGAUUAUGAAGCAAAAACAGCUAAAAUCAAACAGGCAGUAUAUUUACGUGAAAGGCCACAUGAUGUUCCAGAGCAAGAUAAAUUAUUAUGGUGGAUACCUUUAGUUGUAGUGACACAGGAUAAAUUGAAUUUUACUAAUUCCAAACCUGUAAAAUGGAUGAAAAAGGCAAGAGAAGUCACUUUGGAAAACAUGCCUGAGUCAGAUCAGUUUAUCAUUGUCAAUCCCGAAGAAAUAGGUCCAUUCCCUGUUAACUACGAUGAAAGGAAUUGGAAUCUUUUGGCAAGGUACUUACUGGAUCCAUUAUCCAGGCAUUCAGUGCCCGUGUACACACGUGCAAAACUGCUCCAUGAUGCUUGGAACUUGGCAUAUGCUGGUGAUCUUUGUUUUACAGCCGCUUUUAACAUGACUUUGUUCAUGAGAGAUGAACGAGAACAUUUAGUUUGGGAUCCAGUUUUUACCAUGAUCGAUCAUAUUGGAAGGCACAUCGAUAGCUCAGAGGUCCACAAGAAAUUUGAGAUUUAUGUCCGAAUUCUUCUAACUCCUCUUUACGAAGAACUUGGUCCAGAACCACAAGAAAACGAAGAAGGUUGGAAAACAAAUUUGAGGCGUUUGUCUAAAAAUUUCUUAUGCAGAGCUGGUUACAAACCUUGUAUCGAAGAGGCUCAAGCUGCUUACAAACAGUGGAUGGACAGUGAAAAUCCUGAUGAAAGCAAUCCAGUUCCCAAUCAAUACAUAUGUCCAGUUUUCAAAUGGGGCACUAUGGAGGAAUGGGAAUUUGGAUUGAACAGGAUUAUAGAUUUCCCAUCUUCAAGGAAAGCAAGUGAAAGGACUUAUUUGCUUAAAACAUUGGCAGGAUGUCCUAUACAGUCUAAUAAAAUUGAGAGAUUAUUAAAUAUAACGAUUUUGGAGCAAAAUGGAAAUUUUACUGAUAAUGACAUAUUCUUAAUAUUCAGUAUGCUGACUGGAGGAUCGCGGGGAUACACAACUCUUUUUACGUUCUUGUCGAAGAAUUGGGAUGUCAUCAAAAUCAGAUUUGCCGACAAAACAAAUCUGUGGGACAAUUUAAUAUCAUCUGCAACAAGUGUGUUUACCACCCAAGAAGGUCUAGACCUCGUCAAGGGUCUUUAUUCUCAGAGAAAAGGAGAAUUUGGAAGUGCUGAACAUAUUAUUGAAAAAAGUAUUAGAAAUAUUAAAGAAGAAACCAAAUGGAGUGAUGAUAAUUUACCAGUUAUCGAAAAAUGGCUUGAUAAUUAUUUGAAUAAUAAUAAUAAUGCAGGAGCCAAAUUUAUGGGAUAA